GCGCAAGGUGCGCAGUUCCAAUCAACAUUAAUUCAAUCAUGGAUGACUGAUGUCAAUGAGAUCUUUCUGUUACGAUCCGCGUCAGAUUAUUCUAGGCUUGGAGCUCUCUGGAGGGUACAGACCGGCCCAGUGUGCUCCAAACUUUGAUGUUAGCACCCCAACUAAGGCUAUGGUUGCUCAUCGUUCAUUGGCCCAAGGAUUGUGCCACCAAAGUCAAUUAUUGGUUGUUAAAGAAGCCUGAUUCUUAUCUUCUGGACGGACCAGAUGGAUCCUGGCACAACUUCGCCAUUCUUCUUGUUGGCCAACGCUGCCGCCGUGGCCGCGGCUGUGGCUGCCGUUGCCAGGAUAUAUCGUCAACCGCGCUCGAAAAGCUGCCCGCCAGGCCCUACACCCCUCCCGGUUCUAGGAUGCGCGCUACAGAUCGACACGCAGCAACCUUGGCUAACAUUUAGCGAAUGGAAAGAAGUUUACGGUGACAUUGUGUACUGUCCAAUAUUCGGUCAGGACGUGUUUGUCGUAAACACCGAGAAGGCGGCGGAAGAUUUGUUUGAUAAGCGUUCUGGAAACUACUCUGAUAGGAUGGAUACUUCCGUCCUGGCCAAAUACUACGGACUGGGAUACCACACCGGCCAGAGCAGGCAUAACGACACAUGGCGAGCCCAUAGACGGGUAGUCCAGCAAGGUCUUCGACGAGAGCCCGUCGAGGUGUACCGCCCUGUCCAGCUUCGGCGCACGCACGAUCUCAUCAAAAGCCUGAGAGAGUCUCCGAGUCAGUAUUGGCAUCACUUUAAGAGAUUCUCCGGAACGACAAUCUUGGAAGUUGUGUACGACCACAGCGUCAGUGAAAAUGAUGAAGACGAUCCCGUUCUGAAGGAAAUAUCCGAUGCCAAUGACCUAAGCAUUUUUCUGCUGGCCCCAGGGAAGAUUCUUUGCCUGAGUAUAUUUCCCUUCCUCCGAUAUAUUCCUAGCUGGUUCCUCGGUGGGCAGUUUAAUUCUGCAUUCUGCCGAAAACAACAGGAGACUAUGCUAGAUUUGCCGUAUAAUGAAAUCAAGAGCAAAGUUGCAGGUGGAGGUGCCAGCCGUUGCCUGGUUGCGGACGCAUUGGAGCGCUAUGAUGAUCAGAUUGACAAAGACUUCGAUAAAACCCUCCGAGACGCGUUUGGAUCUGCUUACGCUGCUGGAGAAGAGACCACCGGUUCCACAUUGAUGAUAUUCAUCCUCGCCAUGGUCCUAUCCCCUCACGUCCAAAAACGUGCACAGAGUGAAAUCGACACUUUUAUCGGCACUGGACGUCUUCCAAAUUUCGAUGACUGGGCGGGCCUGCCCUACGUCGAGGCGGUAUUACGCGAGACGUUGAGGUGGUAUACAGUAGUUCCCCAAGGUCUUCCCCAUGCAGCGUCCGGCGAGGACGUAUACCGCGGGUAUCACAUACCUAAAGGUUCAGUGAUUGUACCUAACGUCUGGGCCAUGACGCGGAACCCCGAGAAGUACCCCUCGCCCUCUGAAUUCAAGCCCGAGCGUUUCCUCGAUGAUGAAGGCAACCUGACUAGGGAUGAAGUUGACUUCGUAUUUGGCUUCGGGCGACGUGUUUGUCCAGGGAGGUAUCUCGCAAGGGCGUCUAUAUGGGUGGCGAUUGCCUGUAUCCUCGCUGAGUUCAACAUCGAGAAAGAUAAAGACGCGGAGGGUAGACCUAUUGAGCCCGAGCCAGAAUGGGUGCAUGGGCUGACUUCGGCGCCAAGAUCGUUCUCUUGUAAUAUUGUUCCGCGAUCUUUGUGAUUUCACGCUCGUGUACUACCGUUAUUCCCUGGUUAUUCCCCGCCAAGUUAUAGGCUAUGACAUCAUAUGCACACCUGACCUUGACCUGACCGCAAAUAAGAUGUUCUUUACCAUGUGG